AUGCCUACCCUGCCCAAGAUUCGCCUAGGCCUCGGGCGGCAGCAAGUCGACGAUGCCAUCGUGCCUGCCGCUGCCGAAAGAGCGACGGACGACGCCAAAUUGGGUGCCGAAAACGUAGCAAAUGAAACGGGUGCACAGGUAGACGAGAAACCAGUGCUUCCCAGCGAGAACGUGCAACAUGGUGUGCAAAGCGUGCAGGCCGUCACACUCACCUGGUCGAAGCGGUCACUGGUAGCCGUUUUCGUCAACAUAUGGUGUCUGUAUCUGGUCAAUGCUUUUCAGUCUUCAAUUCUGUACAACCUGAUGCCGUUCGUUACGAGUGACUUCGAGUCGCAUUCGCUUCUGACGGUCAUCAAUAUUGUGGCCAAUGCAAUGACAGCUGCCGUAUACAUACCGCUCGCUAAAAUGCUUGACGUCUGGGGUCGUGCUGAAGGCUUCCUCGUCAUGACGAGCUUCGCCACGCUGGGACUGGUCCUCAUGGCUACAUGCAACAGUCUCUCGACCUUUUGCGCCGCCCAAGUUUUCUAUUCUAUUGGAUUUGGAGGCAUCAUCUAUAGUGUGGAUGUUAUUACGGCUGACGCCACGAGCCUGAAGAAUCGAGGACUAGCGUUUGCGUUCACUUCUUCUCCCUACAUGAUAACUGCAUUCGCCGGCCCGAAGGCUGCAGAAGGAUUUUACGAGAACGUCAACUGGCGGUGGGGAUUCGGAUGCUUCUCGAUUAUCCUACCCUGUGUGGCGGCUCCUUUGUUCGCAAUCUUAAAGUUCAACCUUCGAAAAGCCGAGCAGCAAGGACGUAUCCUCCGGGAAAAGAGCGGAAGAACAGUGGCGCAGAACAUUUGGAUGUUUGUGACGGAAUUCGAUGUUCCCGGAGUCAUCUUGUUCGCCGGCGGCCUCACUACAUUCUUACUGCCCUUCACACUCGCCGACUCAGCGCCUGACGGUUGGUCGUCAGGUUAUAUCAUCGCCAUGAUUGUCGUGGGCUUUAUCGUCCUCGUAAUCUUUGCGCUCUACGAAACAUUCCUCGCCCCCACACCGUUCCUCAACGUCCACCUCAUGACCGACAGAACAAUCAUUGGAGCUCUUGCCCUCUGCGCGACAUACCAAGUCUCCUACUACUGCUGGAACAGCUACUUCACCUCGUUCCUCCAGGUUGUGAAUAACCUCAGUGUUUCAGAGGCGGGAUAUGUUGCAAGUACUUUUGAUGUCGUGUCCGGCAUCCUUCUUUUGAUCGUUGGUUUCUCCAUCAGAAAGACGGGAUACUUCAAGUGGCUUCUUUACUUUGCCAUUCCACUCUACGUCUUUGCACAGGGGCUAAUGAUUCAUUUCCGCCAACCCAACGGUUAUAUUGGAUACGUUGUCAUGUGCCAAAUCUUCAUUUCAGUUGGUGGAAGUAUCUUCAUCAUCGUUCAACAGCUGUCGAUUCUCGCCGCUGUUGACCACCAGCAUGUCGCUGCAGCUCUGGCACUCCUCAGCGUUGUUGGUAAUAUUGGCGGUGCUGUUGGCAACUCUAUCUCUGGCGCUAUCUGGACCAACACUUUUGCCAAGGCCCUCGAGCGAUAUCUCCCGGCCACGGCUUUGCCGGAUCUGGCCGAAAUCUACGAAAGCCUCGAGACGCAGCUCAGCUACGAAGUCGGCUCCCCGGAGCGACUUGGUAUCCAGCAGGCGUAUGGAUACGCACAAACCAGGAUGCUUGCGACGGGCACUGGUAUCAUGGCACUGUCAUUCAUCUGGGUCCUUCUCAUCCGCAACAUCAACGUUGGAACCAUUAGGCAGACUAUGGGCAAUGUCUUCUGA